CCCCCAUCGACAUCACAAGCAUCGCCUCGCGGGGCAUCCUCCGGUGAACAAUUAUUCCCAGUGUCCAGAGAAGUCAUUCCACGAGGCUCACACGUUUGGGAUCGUCGGGAUUCAUGUGAUAAAACGCCAUGACUGAAAGUCGAGCUGUUAUUGUCGGCCUCAGCGGUUGCUCUUCCAGCGGAAAGACAACCCUCGCACGUCUUCUCCGUGAUAUCUUUCCCGACACUUUCAUCUUGCAUGAAGAUGACUUCUACAAGGCUGAGAUUGAGCUUCCUGUCAAAGAUGGGUUCCGAGACUGGGACUGUCUUGAAGCGAUCUCUAUCCCAGACAUGGAGAAAGCCCUCACUCACGUACGAUCCACGGGGGUCUUUCCUCCCUUUGUAGAUUCCAAAGAAGACCAAAACUCCGCCGGGAAAUGUCCAGUUUCGGAAGCUAAGAUCGAGGCCCUGAAAUCCAAAGUGGCCGCUUGGACGCAGCCCGGACAGCCUGGUCAUGAUUUAUUCAACAUUCGCAAUCUACGGCUUUGUCUCUUUGACGGCUUUCUCCUUUACUGUCGGGAGAUGGAAUCCACGAUGCGCCUCAUCGACAUCAAGCUGCUUUUGCGAGCGAGCUAUGCCCAGGCGAAGCAGCGCCGCGAGGCUCGCGACGGCUAUGUCACCCUCGAGGGAUUCUGGAAAGACCCCCCUGGCUACGUCGAUGCCAUUGUGUGGCCAAAUUAUGUCGAGUCGCAUGCUUGGCUCUUCGAGGACGGUGGCGUAGAAGGGCGGUUCAAUGAAGGCGUUUUAUUGGAAAGGGGGAUACGGGCUCAGACCCACGAGGGCCCGGAUGUGGACAUGGAGAGGACUUUGGAGUGGACUGUUGAGACUAUCAUGGGCGAACUAGUGAAGAGGGCGGCAAGUGAAUGCUCGAAACCGAAAGCGGCAGAAUGAUAAUUUCUCUCAGCCUCAAUCAGGUGAGUUUCCUGUGCUGUGGAGGCGCAUUGUGACCGUGUUCCAUGGUUUACUUCGCAUGACCAAGUUGGGCUUUAUGCCCAAGCAGAGUAGGUUGUCCGAUGUAACUGCAGAAACUUUGCAUGGACAACACUGCGUCUUUAUUCUGCACGAUGAGGAUGAUUACACGAGCUCUUUCAGAAGCUAUGGACAUACCCAUCGGUCAUCUGUUUAACGUUACGAGAAUAUAGCCCAGUCGUGUUAUGAUCUGGGGCGAUUUAGGAGCCCGGGGCAAGCUGGAUCACGGACAGAUUCCAAGAGGGCCAACAAUAUGGGUGCUGUUCCAAAUGCAAAGACCGAGUCCAGGAUGAAAUGUCCGUACGUAUACCUACUUUUCAGAUGUAACGCGGCAUGCACCGGGAACUUGGUUG